AUGGCCAAGACUCUUGUCGGCGCUCUCGCCCUGGCGGCGCUGCCCUCGGCACUUGCAUUCCGCAACACAUCCCCCUUCUUCCUCUUCUCCACCGCCGACCUGCUAAUCCCCCACAACGACGCUGCCAUCGCCGACGCAUCAGAGCUCACUGCCGACGUUCUCAAAGCUCUUGCCCACUGCCCCACCAAAUCCUACGUCGUGAUUGAGCAGAGGGGCGUGGCCGCUGCCGACUACGCAGAUGGCCGCGCUGCGCCCCAGCUCAGCAAAUACAUGGCUGGAGACCACCCCCAGGUCAAGUCGACUGUAGCGAUCCCCGACAUUGCCGGCAACGUCGACACCACCGCCAUCACCGAGCACCUCAUCUCCAAGUGCGGCAAGGGCUACAGCGACGACGAUACCUGGUUCAUGCGCCAAGGGCUUGCAGCGCCGCCGACGUCCAAGGCACUCCGCAUCGAGCAGCUCCAGUCCGACGACGCGACGCUCGAGCAAUUCAUCGUCAACGAUGCCAAGUCUGACGACUACACCGUCAUCUACAUUACCACUCCCCAGACCGAGUCUCAAGCCAAGGAGUCUGACGCACAAUACACAUACGAGAUGGGCUCGUCGUACCCAGAAGCUGUGCAGAUGGAGCUCAAGCGCGAUCUCUCGUCGCACGCCAAGCCCGCCAACGCGACAGAGGGCGGCCUGUUUGAGAAGUACCAGUACUUCACGCCCGGCAUUUUCAUGGGCUUCGCUGCCAUUAUCCCUCUUUUCCUGAUUCUGCUCGUCGGCAUCCGAGCCCUUACCAGCCUCGAGGUUUCGUACUUUGCUUUUAGCAAGGAGAUGGGCCCCAAUGCCCAGAAGAAGCAGUAGACGUCUUUAUGGUCAACAGUGUACUUGUGCGCGUAUCGUGUAUAUUUGUGAGUCAGUAAGCAUGGGUUGCCGGCGUUAGCAUGAAUUUUGGGUCAGUAGGGAAAUACCAAGCUUGUCAUAUCU